AGCCAGGAGACAAGAUGGCGAAAUGGUUCCUGCUGAUGGCUGCUGUGUCUCUUGUUCUCACUUUGUGCUGGGCAGAAAUGGAUUGUUGGAACUACCUAGUAUCUGGACCCCAGGGAGUCCCUGACGCUGCUAUUUCAGCGUCUUCCUACCAUCCGUUUUCUCAAUGGCAUCACCACCCCGCCUGUGGCCGCCUGUACAUGUACCAAGAGAGGAGUUCGACCGGAUGUCAGGCCCCGAAUAUAGCAGGCUGGUGUAGCUCUACAGGAGAUCCAGAUCCUUAUAUCCAGGUGGACUUUUCUGAUCUCAAGAAGAUUGUUGGCGUCGUUAUUCAAAAACGCCAACAAUUAACGACGAAUACUGACAUCCUUACAUAUCAAGUUUCGUACAGUGUGAACGGAGAGGACUGGGAAUACGUGAAAUCAGAGGCCGUCAACCAGACUUUCUACGUUCCAGCAGAUUCCGAGGGGGAGAACACAGAGCGACACAGUAACAUAAGUCCACCUGUUGUGGCCCGGUACGUCCGUAUCCGGCCCCUGACUUGGGUAGGCACGCCACCUACACCACCAUGUUUCAGAUUUGACGUGAUUGGAUGUACUCACGGUGUUGGAACUUCUGUACAAGUUACCGGGAGGCGACGGUUUGCUUACCUCCCCUUGCCAGCUGGAUCCAUCAGUGAUGAUGAAGGGGUAACGCAAGAACAUGCCAAAGACCUUGGAGAGUGCGGCCUGCGGUGUCACCGUGACGUCACGUGUCGCUCAUUCUCCUACAGCAACGCUUAAAAAGAUUG